CACAGCCUUUAGUGAUUACAAACAAUCUCUUCAGUUCCAAAACCUAAAUGAGGAGAAGAGAAAUAUCCGUAUGGAGGUUAUUAGGGGUGGCAGAAGAGUUGAGAUAUCUAUAUUUGAUAUUGUUGUCGGCGAUGUCUUGCCUCUCAACAUUGGUGAUCAGGUCCCUGCUGACGGAGUAGUAAUUUCUGGUCACUCUCUCGCAGUUGAUGAAUCAAGUAUGACUGGAGAGAGCAAGAUUGUUCACAAGAAUUCUGGACAUCCAUUUCUGAUGUCUGGCUGCAAAAUUGCAGAUGGUAGUGGCACCAUGCUGGUAACUAGUGUUGGGAUCAAUACUGAGUGGGGAUUACUCAUGGCCAGUAUUUCAGAAGACACUGGUGAAGAGACGCCAUUGCAGGUACGCCUAAAUGGUGUUGCGACUUUCAUUGGUAUGAUUGGACUUUCGGUAGCUGUUUUUGUCCUGGUUGUACUUUUAGUCAGAUAUUUUACCGGCCAUACCAAAACCACAAAUGGAACGGUUCAGUUUAAAGCAGGCAAAACAAAACUUGGUGAUGCAAUAGAUGGGGCCAUUAAGAUUGUUACUGUUGCUGUCACCAUCGUAGUAGUUGCAGUGCCUGAAGGGCUUCCGUUAGCUGUUACGUUAACCCUUGCCUAUUCAAUGAGAAAAAUGAUGGCAGAUAAAGCCUUGGUGCGAAGGCUUUCUGCAUGUGAGACCAUGGGCUCUGCCACAACUAUUUGCAGUGAUAAGACGGGAACCUUAACUUUGAAUCAGGUGAAUUAUUAA